CUAUGUCCAUGCAAAAAUCAACGAGUCGAUUUUUCCCGCGGUUUUAACUUAAAGUUUGAAGAUGGGAGUUGACAGUGCUACGGAAGGAUCUAUGGAUGUGGAAAUUUUGCCAUCCACGAGUGGUUACAACGCAAAAAGCAAAGAGAAAACUGGGAAAUCGGAUAAUUUGCCAUGGAUUGAAAAAUAUCGACCACAAGUAUUUUCUGACAUUGUUGGCAAUGAAGACACAGUAUCCAGAUUAUCGGUGUUUGCCCAACACGGCAACUGCCCUAAUAUUAUCAUUGCUGGCCCACCAGGUGUUGGUAAAACUACAACUAUAUUAUGCUUAGCACGCAUUUUAUUGGGACCAGCAUUUAAAGAAGCAGUAUUGGAAUUAAAUGCGUCAAACGACAGAGGAAUUGAUGUAGUCAGAAAUAAGAUUAAAAUGUUUGCUCAAAAGAGGGUAAACUUACCGAAAGGAAAGCACAAAAUAAUAAUUCUCGAUGAAGCUGAUAGCAUGACUGAAGGUGCGCAACAAGCAUUACGUAGAACAAUGGAGAUAUACAGUCAUACAACUAGAUUUGCAUUAGCUUGUAAUUCAAGCGAAAAGAUUAUUGAACCAAUACAGUCACGUUGUGCUAUGUUAAGAUACGGAAAAUUGUCAGACGCACAAGUUUUAGCAAAGAUUAUUGAAGUUUGUAAGAUAGAAAAUGUUUCACAUACAGACGAUGGUCUAGAGGCAAUAGUGUUUACUGCACAAGGUGACAUGAGACAGGCCCUAAAUAAUUUACAAUCGACUUAUAAUGGUUUUGGUCAUGUAAAUAGCGUGAAUGUCUUUAAAGUUUGUGAUGAACCGCAUCCAUUACUUGUUAAAGAAAUGCUUGAGUUGUGUACACAGGGUAACAUUUCCAAAGCAUAUGGGAUAAUGGAACAUUUAUGGAAAAUGGGAUACUCUGCAGAAGAUUUAAUCAGUAAUAUUUUCAGAGUUUGUAAGAAUCUACCUAUUGAAGAAACGUUAAAAUUAGAUUUUGUAAAAGAAAUUGGAAUAACUCAUUUAGGAAUAGUGGAUGGAAUUAAUAGUUUACUACAAAUGAAUAGUCUUCUUGCCAGGCUUUGUCUAAGAUCUAUGAAGAGUUAAGAAUGAAAUGUCUACUAAUUAUUUAAGAGAAUAAAACUAUUUACAUAUUUUUAUUA